AUGGCUGUGUCCAUGUUUAAAUUAUCUUCUGUGUUGGUCAAUUCGUCCAAAAAUCUCCGAUGUGUUGUCCGCCUUUUGGAUAAGCAUGAUUUUUCUACUACAAGCAUCAAAGCCAGGAAGGAACGCGAUACCUUCGGAGAGCUCGACGUUCCGGAUGACAAGUUGUAUGGAGCGCAAACUGUACGGUCCGUCAUGAACUUCCCCAUCGGCGGCAUCGAGGAACGGAUGCCGUAUCCAGUAAUCGUGGCAAUGGGAAUUUUGAAAAAAGCAGCGGCGAAAGUAAACAUUGAGUACGGGCUUGAUAAGAAAAUUGCGGAAGCGAUUAUGCAAGCCGCGGAUGACGUCAUAUCCGGAAAGUUGUACCGCGAGGGCCAUUUCCCGCUGGUUAUUUGGCAGACCGGGUCCGGUACUCAGAGCAACAUGAACACCAACGAGGUGAUCGCGAACAGGGCGAUCCAGAUCCUGGGCGGUAAGCUGGGCAGCAAGGACCCGGUGCAUCCCAACGACCACGUGAACAAGUCGCAGAGCUCCAACGACACUUACCCUACGGCCAUGCACAUCGCUGUCGCGAUGGAACUGCGCGAUAGACUUAUGCCCGGACUUGUUGCCCUCAGGGACACCUUGCAGGCCAAGUCCAAGGAGUUCGACAAGAUCAUCAAAAUUGGCAGGACGCAUUUGAUGGACGCGGUUCCGCUGACCUUGGGGCAGGAGUUCAGCGGGUACGCGACGCAGCUGACGUUCGGCGUGCAGCGCGUGUGCGCCGUGCUGCCGCGCCUGCACUACCUGGCGCUGGGCGGCACCGCCGUCGGCACCGGCCUCAACACGCGCGUCGGCUUCGCCGAGAAGUGCGCCGCCGAGAUCGCCGCGCUCACCGGCAUCCCGUUCGAAACUGCUCCGAACAAGUUCGAGGCGCUGGCGUGCCACGACGCCAUGGUGGAGGUGUCGGGCGCGCUGAACACCAUCGCCGUGUCGCUGAUGAAGGUGGCCAACGACAUCCGCCUGCUGGCGUCCGGCCCACGCUGCGGCCUGGCCGAGCUGCUGCUGCCCGAGAACGAGCCCGGCUCCUCCAUCAUGCCAGGCAAGGUGAACCCGACGCAAUGCGAGGCUCUGACGAUGGUGGCCGCCCAGGUGAUGGGCAACCACGUGGCCUGCACCAUCGGCGGCUCCAACGGACACUUCGAGCUCAAUGUUUUCAAGCCCAUGAUUGUCGCCAACGUGCUGCGCUCCAUACGACUAAUAGGUGAUGGCUGCGCUGCGUUCAACAAGAAUUGCGCUGUAGGCAUCAAAGCCAACGAGGCGCAGAUCAGCAAGAUCAUGCGCGAGUCCCUUAUGCUGGUCACCGCUCUCAACCCACACAUUGGAUACGAUAAGGCGGCAACAAUCGCGAAAACCGCGCACAAAGAAGGCACAACACUGAAGGACGCUGCCAUCAAACUCGGCUACCUCACAGAGGAGCAGUUCCACCAGUGGGUCCGUCCGGAAGACAUGCUCGGGCCCAAGUAG